AUGUCUGGUGAGUGGGCAACUACUCACGUUCCGACGUCUAUUGCUGGAUAUAAUGUCUCUGAAAGGUUGGGAGCUGGAGCGUUUUCAGUCGUUUAUAAGGGCCUCUCAGCUGCUCCAGGUCCAAAUGGGGUUCGAUCCACUGUUGCAAUCAAAUGCAUAAAUAUGCAAACUGCUAACUCAUCCAAAUUGAAUUCUGACUGCGUUGUAUCCGAAAUUUCAAUUUUAAAAACUCUGAAACAUAGGAACAUCGUUCGUUUAUAUGAUUUCCAGUGGGACAGAAAUAAUAUUUAUCUAAUAAUGGAAUUUUGUGGUGGAGGAGAUCUUGGAUCGUUCAUUAGGAAACAUGGUUCUUUGCCUGAAGCUGUAACUAGAAAAUUUUUUCGCCAACUUGCUUGCGGCUUACAAUAUAUGAGAGCAAUGAAUGUAGCGCAUAUGGAUUUGAAGCCACAAAAUAUUCUUUUGUCAAAUAAAUACCGUCCGUCUAUCAAGAUUUCCGAUUUUGGUCUUUCUCAAUGCUUGAAAAAAAGUGAAUCUUCCUCUUCCUUUAGAGGCUCUCCUUUAUAUAUGGCACCGGAAAUAUUUGCUCGGCGGAAGUAUGACAGUCGAGUUGAUCUGUGGUCAUCUGGAGUUAUAUUAUAUGAAUGUUUAUAUGGCAAAGCACCUUUCAGUUCUGACACUUAUGAGAAACUGGUCUCUAAAAUACUAUCUUCUGAACCCAUUUCUUACCCGUCUACUGUUAAGCUCUCUGCAGAAUGCUCGGACAUUUUACGAGGAUUAUUGGUUCGGGACCCUCAACGAAGGAUGACUUUUGAACAGUUUUUUUCUCACCCUUUUGUUGCUCUUUUGAAAAUGCAGUCUGCACAAGAAUUUGAGAAGGCCGACGAGUAUAUCGCUAAAGCAAGAAUUGCGGAAGAUUCUAAGAAGACCGCAGAAGCAAUUCAAUUUUUGACGUUAGCAAUACAAUUAUAUAUGUCACGACUGGAAAUCCUUGACGAUAGGGAGGAAAAAGCGCGUUUACGACGAAAAAUAAAGGAGACAUUAGAACGUGCAGAAUAUCUAAAAGAAACCAUCCGUCCAGUUUCUGAAGAACCGUUACCGUCUUCUUCUAAAGCAGUGUCUGAGUGGUCGGACAUUCCACAGGUAGAUGCAGCUAUAAUAGUGGCGUCCAAUGCCCGUAAAUUGAUGCUAGAAGAAAAAUGGUCAGAGGCUUUGGAGAAAUAUACACUUGCGAUCGAUGGUGCAAUGCGGGUUCUUGCGAAUGAAAGAGAUACUCCUCGUGCAACAAAACUCGGACAACAGGUUUCUGGCUGGCUUACCACCGCACAACGUUUGCAGGAGUAUAUGAAAGUGCUAAACCUCGAAACUCUCUCAGUCGAAAAAGACGACGAAGCAGAAAGGCAAUUAAAGCGGUUUGAGAGCCAGUGUCGCGUUUCUUGA